AUGUCCAGAACACUCCAAAGAGACCCAGAGGUUAUCACAGAUAAAUCAACAAGUCCUCUCAUGAUCAACCAGCUCAGAACUACUAGGUAUUCAACUUUGCCCUUUCUUGCUAAAAAUGCAAUGGCAGAGAAAUCAGAGGCAGAAGAGCUGAGUUCUGGCUCUGGUUGUGCCAAUAUCAUACCAAGUGACCUUGGUAUUUUGGAAGGAAUGCUGAUACUCUGGAUAAUCAGACUUCUUUUUUCUAAAACUUACAAAUUACAAGAACGAUCUGACCUUACACUCAAGGAAAAGGAAGAAUUAAUUGAAGAGUGGCAACCAGAACCUCUUGUUGUUCCUGUUUCCAAAGACCAUCCUGCUCUCAACUACAACAUUGUUUCAGGGCCUCCAAGUCACAAAAUUGUGGUGAAUGGAAAAAAGUGUAUAAACUUUGCCUCAUUUAAUUUUCUUGGAUUGUUGGAUAACCCUAGAGUCAAGGCAGCAGCUUUGACAUCUCUAAAGAAGUAUGGCGUGGGGACGUGCAGACCUCGAGGAUUUUAUGGCACAUUUGAUGUGCACUUGGAUCUUGAGGACCGCCUGGCCAAAUUCAUGAAGACAGAAAAAGCCAUUAUCUACUCCUAUGGAUUUGCCACCAUAGCCAGUGCUAUUCCUGCCUACUCCAAGAGAGGGGACAUUAUGUCAUGGAAUAGAGCUGCCUGCUUUGCCAUUCAGAAAGGAUUACAGGCAUCACGAAGUGACAUUAAGUUAUUUAACCAUAAUGAUAUGGGUGACCUGGAGCGACUACUAAAAGAACAAGAGAUCAAAGAUCAAAAGUUGUAG